AUGGAUGAGGGUCUCCUGAAUGAUCUCCUCGAGUGUUCGGUGUGUCUUGAGAGACUUGACACCUCGUCACGAGUAUUGCCCUGUCAGCAUACAUUCUGUCUAAAAUGUUUGAAGGUGAUAGUAGAGUCUCACAAGGAGCUCCGUUGUCCAGAAUGCCGCGUGUUAGUGGAGGCGCGGGUAGAGGAGCUGCCUCCGAACGUGCUAUUAAUGAGGAUCCUCGAGGGCAUGAAGAAUGCUCCGAGGAAGACCAGUUCCACAAGAAACAAGAACACGCACGCACAGGCUGCGUCAGUGGUACAUCAAUCAACCCGUGCGAACAGACAGCCCCCUCCACACGGCCGAGCUUUAUAUGAUUUCGUCUCAAAAGAACCAGGUGAUCUGUCGUUCAAGAAAGGCGAGACUAUAUUGCUUCAGAAGAAGUUGGAUACAUUCUGGUACCACGGAGAAUGUUCGGGAAGGACUGGCAUGUUCCCUAUUACAUAUGUACAGGUGGUGGUACCACUUCCGGUACCGUCAGCGCUGUGCAAGGCUCUAUAUGACUUCCGGAUGUCGGCUCCCGACGAAGAAGGAUGUCUGGCCUUCGAUAAAGGUGCGAUAAUAACAGUUCAUCGGAGAGUUGACGAGAACUGGGCUGAAGGUAGACUGGAGCAGAGGGUCGGCAUCUUCCCUAUAGCAUUUGUGGAACUGAAUCAUGCUGCUAGGCUGCUUAUGAAUAACACUUCAUUGAACCGGCCUGUUCCUCCUAUUCCCGAUCACUCCAGGGCCGGACAUUCUGAACACAGAUACCAUCAUCCACACAGAUAUCAGCAAAUGACGAUGUCAACACCGACGUCUGCCGGUCAGGGGAAUUACCAGAAUAUAGCUACAAUGAGUCAAUCACAUCCCAACUACCAUCAAGCUAUGGCACAGCAAUCAAUCCUUGUACCACAGCAAGUUAACCAAGUUGCUAACAUCGGUCUCAUCUCUACAGUACCUAGAAAUAUCAUGGAACAGACAAAAAACCCUAUAGACAUGAUAAAUCACUUCAUCAACAUGAGCAAACCCCAUCAAACCAUACAAGUCCAAAGUGUACCACGUAUAGGUGAGAACUACGAUAGACUGAGAGCGACGAAGUUCGAUAACUACGCCAACCCGAAAACGGAAAUGACGUAUCAGAAUGUCCGGAAUGAACAGUUUCCGGUGACUAGUUUCAAUAACGUUAGCUCUGAUUCAAGUUCGAGUGUUACACCGUCGGGUAAUAUUGGCGGUAGUUCGACAAAUACACCGAAUACGAGCUCCAAUACAAGCACGUGUGAGAGCGCGGAACCUAGCCUACCUAGCUCGCCUGAUAAUAAUACCGAACGAAAUUCAACCGUAACACCAUCUAAUAACGUCCAAAAUGAAACGCAAGAAAAUCAGGAUUCAUUAAACGCUUCCAUUGGAGUGCUAAGUCUGAACGAGAGUUCUACAGCUACUAAUACGUCGCUGAAUGUCAGCCUACCUUCAGAAGGUCCACAAUCGACUGCAUGUAAUGGGAGUAAUUCGUUGCCAAAUCAAGUAGAAAGCCAGGAAGCUGCUAGCAAUAAUGAACCUUCGAGACUAGAGGUUCCAUCGUCGUCGAAGAAUGUCCAGACUCGGUCUAGCGGUCCAGACUCAUUACUGACUUUCGGUCUAGGACUCCAGGCCGCUUUAUCCCCAUCCCAUAAGGAUGGGAACCACUUGGUCAGAGGACACCAUAAAGAGAGGGAAAAGAGACACAGUUUGACGCCAUCAUCACAUUUACAAGGGAACCAUACACCAAAUAGGCAUUCAGCUGAGAUACUAGCCACAAGUCUUCUAGAUACAACGGAAAGAGAGAGGCCGGAGAGAGAUAGAGAUAGAACAGAGAGAGAAAGAGAGAGACGUAGACGAAGAUCUAGAAGUAACGAACGUCCCCUACCCGCGGCAUACAUAGCGCUGUACCCUUACAAGCCGCAGAAACCGGAUGAGUUAGAAUUAAAGAAAGGAGGUAUAUACACCGUAUCGGAGCGUUGUCGCGACGGAUGGUACAAGGGAUGCUGCGAGAGAUCAUGUCGCGGGGGAGUGUUCCCUGGGAACUAUGUAGCUCCGCUGGCUGCUACUACCGCUCCUACAACCACGACUACACGACCACGACACGAAAAGUCUGUCACGUCAUCAGCGAAACCAACGCCGUGUUCUCAAGGCGCCUCCAAUGUAUUAGCACCGCCUGACGCCCCACCACGAGCCACAAGCCCUACAAUCACUGGACAACCUUUAACAUAUCCAUGGAGCUCACCCAUACAACAUCAACAGAAUACUCCUAGACCUGAUAAGUCUAAAGAAAAAUCGAAGGCCGAGAAAUCAUUAUCAACUGGUGUUUCUCUUAUGAAGAGGCUCACCGCUAUGAAGAAAUGUAAAUCACCACCACCAGUGGGCUAUAGUAUGGACAACCCUGUGUUUGACGACGGGCCCGGUACAUCGCUGAUGCCGCAUCCCGUGCAUGUUCGGUCGGGGUCGUGCCCCUCGCAGCUGUUGAGAGCUCUGCCCGCCGCGCGUCUACGGCACGAUCGACUACACAGCCGCGGUUCAAGCGACGCGGAGUGGGGACAUCGCAAGUCGGCGUCAUUGGACGUGUCUCGGCGGGAAAGACACGCGCCUGUCAAAGAAAAAUUUCGCUGUAUUGUACCGUAUCCACCGAAUUCUGAAUACGAAUUGGAGUUGAAAGUUGAUGAUAUAGUUUUGGUGUGUAAGAAGAGAGGUGAUGGCUGGUACAAGGGUACGUUACAACGUACGGGAAGAACAGGAUUAUUCCCGGCAUCUUUCGUACAAAGUUGUCCACCGGAUUGA